GCUACUGCAUUGGAUACUCCAGCGUUUGAACUGAGAGAAACUCUCAUGGGAAAGUAUGGGGAAGAUUCAAAGUUGGUAUAUAAUCUUGCUGACCAGGGUGGAGAACUUUGUUCUUUGAGAUACGACUUAACUGUACCAUUUGCUAGGUAUGUGGCUAUGAAUGGUCUCACAUCAUUUAAAAGGUACCAGAUAGCUAAGGUUUACAGGAGGGACAACCCAUCUAAGGGAAGAUACCGUGAAUUUUACCAGUGCGAUUUAGACAUUGCAGGCCAAUAUGAAAAAAUGGGACCAGAUUUUGAGAUUGUUAAAAUUUUGACAGAACUGCUUGAUGAACUGCAAAUUGGAGAUUAUGAGAUAAAAUUGAAUCAUCGGAAGUUACUUGAUGGAAUGUUGGACAUAUGUGGAGUGCCACCGCAAAAAUUCAGAACCAUAUGUUCAAGUAUUGACAAGUUAGAUAAACAACCUUUUGAGCAGAUAAAAAAGGAAAUGGUGGAGGAGAAGGGCUUAUCUGUUCAGACAGCAGAUGAAAUUGGCACUUUUGUGAAGAAAAGGGGACACCCUUUGGAACUAUUAUCUAAGCUUAAGCAGCAGGGCAGCAAGUUCUUAGGACACAAUGGAUCUGUUGAUGCACUGAAUGACCUAGAGAUUUUAUUUAAAGCUCUUGAAGUGUCAAAGUGUAUUGACAAAGUGGUUUUUGACUUGAGUCUUGCCAGAGGCCUUGAUUAUUAUACUGGAGUCAUAUUUGAGGCUGUUUUUAAAGGUGGUGCACAGGUUGGUUCAAUUGCUGCUGGUGGACGUUAUGACAACCUUAUUGGUAUGUUUGGUGCGAAGCAGGUUCCAGCAGUUGUUAGUCUUGGAAUCGAGCGGGUAUUUGCUAUAAUGGAGCAGCUACAGAAAGACCAGAGCCAGGCACCACGUGCAACAAAGACUGAAGUCCUAGUUAGUAUAGUGGGGGAUGACUUGAUUCAAGCUGCAGAGCUGGUAAGUGAGCUGUGGAAUGCCAAAGUGAAAGCCGAAUAUUUUGUUAAUAAAAGGGUGAUGAAGCACAUUGACCGUGCUAGAGAGUCGAGGAUCCCAUGGAUGGUUAUUGUGGGCGAACGGGAAAUGAAUGAAGGGAUUGUUGUAUUAAAAGACGUUGAGGCUGCUAAAGACGAUAAAAUUCCUAGAAGUAGACUGGUCGAAGAACUUAAAUGCCGGUUGAACCCAUGAAACUGAUAUUUCCAUUCUAACUCAGUAAACCGCCAUUUUUUUUUUUUUUUUUGGCGAAAACACUAUUUUAGUCUCUAUAUUUUGAGGUUAUAGUCAAUUUGGUUCUUAUAUUUUAA